ACUCGACUCCAAUCUUUCUACCCUGCACAAUCAGCCAGGAGCGCGUUUCAUCUUACGAACUGAAGGCGCCAUAGCUGCAGUCAGCGCGAGCUAAGGAACUGACAGCGCGAACGGUCCCCCGGGAAGAUAACAUUUCUUUAGCUGGCAUUGCGGCUUGGGCCGGCAGACGAGGUUGAUUGCAGGAGAAAGCUUUUGAGUCCAUUCAAAGGCAUUGCGGCUUCCGCCGGCAAAAGACGUUGAUUGCGGGGAAAAGCAACGCUAGUAGAUCUCACACCCUAAUGUCUCCAUAACAUUCUCACACCUCGCCGCAUACCGCCUUUCCGCGACCUUGCCUCGUACGCGUUAAUCUGAAGCAGUAAUGCAACAACAGCCGCCAGGACCGCCGGGUCCGCCGGGCCCCCCGCAGCAGGCGCAGCCCCCUCCGCCGUUCGCCUACGGACAUGCGCCGGGCCCCGGGCGGGGAUCGGGACCGGGGAUGGGGGGACCAGGCCCGGGGGGACCAGGGAUGGGGGGACCAGGCCGGGGAGGACCUGGGUUUGGGGGGCGCGGGGAGUAUGGCGGGAGGGGGGAGUAUGGGGGAAGGGGGGAGUAUGGCGGAAGGGGAGACUAUGGUGGCGGACGUGGCGGAGAUUUCGGCGGGAGAGGCGGAUACUUUGAUGCGCGCCGGAUGCAGAGGCGGACGAUGCAGCGGCGCACGGUGGACUACAGCUCGACGGUGGCGCUUUACUUGCAGGCGAGGGCGCACCAGUGGGACGCCAGAGACGCCUCUGACGCCCUGCCUGUCGCCUCGGCGUCGAUCAAGCUGCUGCCGUGCAUGGGGUAUGCAGACCAGCCCGCUGCCAGCAUCGCAUCUCGCUUCGUGCAUGCCUCCACCAACAAGAUCCGCUGCCCCAUCAACCAAGUCGUGUGGACGCCCACGGGGCGGCGCCUGCUGACGGGGUCGCAGAGUGGCGAGUUCACGCUGUGGAACGGGCUCUCAUUCAACUUCGAGAUGCUCAUGCAGGCUCACCAGGUGGCAGUGCGGUCAAUGGUGUGGAGCAACAACGGCAACUGGCUGGUGUCUGGGGACGACUCAGGGUGCAUCAAGUACUUUCAGACCAACCUACGAAUGAUGAAGGAGAAUGCCACGGCGCACAAGGAAUCCGUGCAGGGCGUCAGCUUCUCCAGCUCGGACCUCAAGUUCUGCUCGUGCUCGGACGACACGGCCGUCAAGGUGUGGGAUUUCGCCAGGUGCCAGGACGAGCUGACGCUGGCGGGCCACCGGUGGAACGUGCUGUGCGUGGACUGGCACCCCUUCAACUCGCUCAUUGUCUCGGGCGGCAAGGACACUCACUCGAAGCUCUGGGAUGCGCGCACAGGGAGGGAGGUGUGCACGCUGUACGGCCACAAGCGCACGGUGCGGUCGGUGGCGUGGAACCGGAAUGGCAACUGGCUCGCUUCUUCCUCCGACGAUCAACUCGUGAAGCUGUACGACAUCCGCACGCUCAAGGAGAUGGAGGCGUUCAAGGGCCACACCAAGGAGGUGGCGUCCAUCGCAUGGCACCCCGUGCACGAGGACCUCAUCGCCAGCGGCGGCUCCGAUGGCAGCAUCCUCUUCUGGAUCGUGGGUUCAAAUACAAGUGGGCCAGCAGCAGAAGUCACAGGAGCACAUGAGAACUCGGUGCUGUCCCUCGCGUGGCACCCCCUGGGGCACACGCUGUGCAGCGGCAGCAGGGAUCAGACCACCAAGUUCUGGAGCCGCAACCGCCCCGGUGACGCUGUCAAGGACCCGCUUGGCUCGGUCAACACCACCUCUCCCGCUGCUGCUGCCGCCGCCACCCCUGGCUAUGCUGGACCUCCCCCUGCCAAGGAGCCACCCCCCUCAGCAGCGCCAAGGCCCGCCUCUGCUCCCCCUUCUGGCGGGGGUAUGGGUUCCCGCCACCCCCCACGGCCGCAGCACCAGCAGCAGCGGCGCCACCAACACUCUCAGUCUCAUAGCACCCAGCCUUUCUCUUCCUCUGAUAGACGCCCCUCUUACCAGCAGCAGCAGCAGCAGCAGCAGCAGUAUCAGGAGCAAUACCAGCAGCCGUACCGUCAGCAGCAGGGCCAGCAGUACCAGCAGCAUCCGCAGCGGCAGUACCAUCCUCCUGGGCCCCAGGCCUCUCACUCCCUCUCCUCCUCCGGCCCUCCUCCUUCCCUCCCUCCCCACGCACCUCCGCCUCCUCAUGCUCACUCCAUGCCGCCUCCACUCCAUGGGCAGCCGCCAAACCUGCCGCCAGGCCCGGCAAGUGCCGGACCUGGAGGCUUGGCACAUCCGAGCAUGGGAGGGGGAGGUGGGGGGCCAGGAGGAGGCUACUCCGGGCAGGGUGGUUUUGAGGGAGGGGGGAGUAGGCCCGGCCCCUUGGGUGGAGGGAUGGGAUAUGGGAUGGAUGUGGGGAUGGGUGGGGAAGGGGGCAUGGGGAGACCAGGGUAUGGGCCUGGGGGGGACAUGGGUCUUGGUGGCUUAGGAGAUGGGUAUCAUGGGGGAGGUCCCAUGGGGCAGUUUGGGCAUGCACAGUAUGGAGGACAGGGGAUGGGGCAUGGCCCCCCUCCACCUCAACCACCACCACCCUAUCAGCAACGCUAUCCUUGAGAAUGUGCAAGGGAUCCUUGGUAUCGGCAAUUUGAAGCAAUGUUGUAUGUGCAGUUACCACUGGACUGGAAAUUUGUAUUUUGGGGGUGAUUAUCAAAGGCAGAAGCGACAAAAGGUUGGCUGAAGUUUUGGGAUGUACCACACAGAUAUGCAUGAGCAGUCUG